AUGUUUCCUUGUCUUGUGAGUGUUGACAAGAACCCUCUCAAAUCCCACUCUACUAUAUCCUAGGGUUUUAAAUCCCCAAAUUUCAAAAUCAAUUCACAUCAAAACAAUUGCAAAAACUAGUCGAGAAUUUAAACGAUGGAAAGCUCAUUAGCAAGCGCCUCUGCAAUCGGUGAUCAACGUCAAAAAAUCGAACAAUAUCGUCACAUUCUCUCUUCUGUGUUAGCCUCCAACGAUGUUAGUCAAGCAAAGAAAUUCAUUGAUCACAUGUUAUCGGAUGAUGUUCCGUUGGUGGUUUCAAGGCAGCUUUUGCAGACAUUUGCGCAAGAGUUAGGAAAGUUAGAGCCUGAACUUCAGAAGGAGAUUGCUCAUUAUACUCUUCAGCAAAUUCAACCUCGUGUCGUUUCGUUCGAGGAGCAGGCCUUAACCAUCAGGGAAAAGCUCGCCGACUUAUUUGAGUCUGAGCAACAAUGGUCAAAAGCAGCUCAGAUGCUCAGUGGAAUUGAUUUGGAUUCUGGAAUGAGAGGGAUUGAUGAUAUCUACAGACUAUCAAAAUGUGUUCAGAUCGCUCGUUUGUAUCUUGAGGAUGAUGAUGCAGUAAAUGCGGAGGCCUUUAUCAACAAAGCUUCUUUCCUGGUCAGCAGCAGCCAGAAUGAAGUAUUGAAUUUGCAAUACAAGGUUUGUUAUGCGAGGAUUCUAGACUUGAAAAGGAAGUUCUUAGAAGCAGCACUACGAUAUUAUGACAUAUCUCAGGUUGAAAAGCGACAAAUUGGAGAUGAGGAAAUUGAUGAAGCAGCACUGGAGCAAGCUUUAUCAGCUGCUGUCACCUGCACAAUACUGGCUGGUGCUGGCCCUCAACGUUCUCGGGUUCUGGCUACUUUGUACAAGGAUGAGCGUUGCUCAAAGUUGAAGAUCUAUCCAAUACUGCAGAAGGUAUAUUUAGAAAGGAUUCUGAGAAAACCUGAGAUUGAUGCAUUUGCAGAAGAAUUGAAACCACAUCAGAAAGCGUUUCUGCCUGAUAACUUCACUGUGCUGGAUCGAGCGAUGAUUGAGCACAAUCUAUUAAGUGCUAGUAAACUUUACACAAACAUAAGCUUUGAUGAAUUGGGCACAUUGCUAGGUAUUCCUCCUCAUAAGGCUGAGAAGAUUGCUUCGAAAAUGAUAUACGAAGAUCGAAUGAGGGGUUCAAUUGAUCAGGUGGAAGCUGUCAUACAUUUUGAGGAUGACACAGAGGAACUGCAACAGUGGGAUCAGCAGAUUGUUGGAGUAUGUCAAGCCCUUAAUGAUAUCUUAGAUGGUAUGGCUAAGAGGGGUUUCCAGAUUCCUGUUUGAUCACAAAAAGCUGUUCAGUCUCGGCUACUGGAAGUAUUGAGGGUUUAGACUUUGGCAUGGCUUAUAAGGAAGCAGCUUUAUUUCAUAUGAAGUGUCGCAGUUGCUCAUGCUUAAGCAUUUGCAUACAAGGGAAAUCAGUUUCGUUGAUUAUUUCUCGUUCUUCAUUGGUGGGGCUUUUCAUUUUUGAGGGGAAAGAAGGCGAUAGAUAGGAUAUGUAUAGAAAAUUCACUUUAUGGAAUUGAUUUUGAGGGAGGCCAUCAUUUAUUAUAUUGUUAAGAUCUAGUCUUCCUCUUGAAAAUUUGCUUAUCAAAGUUCAUUCUGGUGGACAGUAUCAAUACAAAUAGUUUCAUUUCUGACAAAGGUGAUUACGAAAUUUGGCUGUCGAAGUAUUCUACUGUGUAUGUAAUAACACUGACAAUUUUGGCUGUCAAAGUUCUGGGAAUUUGAUGCUCAUCGUUUCAUCGUAAUCACAGAAACUGUGCUCUUACUUCGGAACACGUUUUUGUUCA